CUCCGAGCAGCAGACGAGGGUGAUCAGGCCCCGCAGAUAACCCGCUCACAGGCCAGCCUGGCCGCCAGAGCCGCCGUCACCAUGAAGGACGAGGUAGCUCUUCUGGCCACCGUCACCCUCCUGGGCGUCCUGCUGCAAGCCUACUUCUCUCUGCAGGUCAUCUCGGCGCGCAGGGCCUUCCGCGUGUCGCCGCCGCUCACCACCGGCCCGCCGGAGUUCGAGCGCAUCUACCGAGCCCAGGUGAACUGCAGCGAGUACUUCCCGCUGUUCCUCGCCACGCUCUGGGUGGCCGGCAUCUUCUUUCACGAAGGUGCGGCGGCGCUGUGUGGUCUGGUCUACCUGUUCGCGCGCCUGCGCUACUUCCAGGGCUACGCGCGCUCUGCGCAGCAAAGGCUGGCCCCGCUGUACGCGAGCGCGCGCGCGCUCUGGCUUCUCGUGGCCCUGGCGGCCCUUGGCCUGCUCGCCCACUUCCUCCCGGCCGUGCUGCGCGCCACGCUCCUUGGACAACUCCAGAAACUGCUGCUGAGGGCCUGAGAUGGAGGACGCCGGGACGACGGAGCGGCAGUUGAGCCGGAGCCUCCUCCAGUUUCUCAUUAAAGCGUCCAUGACAGGA